GGCCCGAGUUGCGCAGUGACACAAUUCUAUGUUACGAGCAAGGGGAAAACUCGACUCGGCCAUCUUGGAUUAAGCAAAAGUUUGUAAUGAAUUAAAAUACCGAAGACGUUUACGUUUAUGUUUGACAAAACAUAAAAUUAUUACUCCUAAAUGGGUGUAAUGCGUCAUUGUACAGAUCCACAAACUUGAUGCUGGAUGGUAGGACAGUCAGCUGGGUACACCUGAACAUUGUGACCUUUGCGUCGUGUGCAUUUUCACAUUUUGUUCACACUGGCGACGAUGUCGACCGGCAUGCGUCCUACACUGCAGACUGUGCCAGAGUCUGUACCCGCUGACCAUGUUAGUAAUGCUAGCGGAAAGGUGAGUUCGAGCACGACCAAGCCGGCGCAGCAGGGCGAACUGACGACAGCGGUAUGUGCACCGCGGAGUACUCGAGCAAAGGACCCGAUCCAUGGCCGGGGGGACAGCACGCCCAGCAAGGGCGGGGAGAGCACCGGUGGCGGUGGCCGCACGCCCUCCUCAAGGAGCCGCACCUCAGACGAACCCCACAUCGGCAAAUACCGACUGCUCAAGACCAUCGGCAAAGGCAACUUUGCCAAGGUUAAAUUGGCCAAGCAUAUUCCCACGGGGAAGGAGGUAGCAAUAAAAAUUAUAGACAAGACACAACUAAAUCCUGGCAGUUUACAAAAGCUUUUUAGGGAAGUUAGAAUAAUGAAAAUGUUAGACCAUCCUAAUAUAGUUAAACUAUUUCAAGUCAUUGAAACUGAGAAAACUCUGUACCUGGUGAUGGAGUAUGCAAGUGGAGGAGAAGUGUUUGAUUACUUAGUUCUCCAUGGGAGAAUGAAGGAAAAGGAAGCAAGAGCUAAAUUUCGGCAGAUUGUAUCUGCAGUUCAGUAUUGUCAUCAAAAAAAGAUCAUUCACAGAGACCUCAAGGCUGAAAAUUUACUUCUUGAUAGUGAAAUGAACAUCAAAAUUGCCGAUUUUGGGUUUAGCAAUGAAUUCACACCUGGUAACAAAUUGGAUACAUUUUGCGGAAGUCCACCAUAUGCUGCGCCAGAAUUGUUUCAAGGCAAAAAGUAUGAUGGUCCAGAAGUUGAUGUUUGGUCACUUGGGGUUAUCCUGUAUACCCUUGUCAGUGGGUCCCUGCCCUUUGAUGGCACCACCUUGAGAGAACUAAGGGAACGAGUACUUAGAGGGAAGUACCGAAUUCCAUUCUACAUGUCAACAGAUUGUGAGAACCUCUUAAAGAAGUUUCUGGUCCUCAACCCUGCCAAGAGGGCGUCAUUAGAGGUAAAUUCUACUCAGACAAUUAUGAAAGACAAAUGGAUGAAUUUGGGUUAUGAAGAAGAUGAACUCAAACCGUACUUAGAACCAGAACCAGAUUUCAAGGACUUGAAGAGGAUAGGUAUGACAUCAGAAGCACUUGUUGGUAUGGGAUACAGUCGAAGCGAGAUUGAAGACAGCCUGGCACAAGCAAAAUACGAUGACGUCUUCGCCACCUACCUCUUAUUAGGGCGGAAAAACACAGACCCGGAGAGCGAUGGGUCGCGGUCGGGCAGUUCGCUGUCGCUUUGGAACCUUCCGCCCGGCGCCGUGUCGUCAGGCAACGCGCAGUCGCCCUCGCACGUGCACCGGGGCGUGCACCGCUCCAUCUCGGCCACCAACGCCAAGCCCAGCAGGAGGGCCUCGUCCGGUGGGGAAACCUUGCGUGAGUCGCACGCGCACGCUCAGGCCCAGCCGGCGUGUGCAAACAGUGCGACAACAGGGACAGCCUCAGGUGUACCAGCAGGAACGCCAAAUUCUUCAAACCACAACCACAAUUCAACUACUUCUAACUUCAAACGACAAAACACAGUUGAUUCUGCCACCAUCAAAGAAAACACUGCUAGAAUUAAUUCUGCAUCAGCUGCAACAAGACCAACCCCAGUUAAGAAUUCAACUAAUAUGCCUGUAGACUCAAGUAGUGCAGCAAGUCCUGGCAAACCCAGAAUGGGAUAUAAAUCAAGUACCAUGUCAGGGGGUAACAGAAAAUUGGAAUCUGCUGGGUCUGUUGGUAGACGCAGCAUUUAUGAUGCUAACAAGCCAUCAUUUGACGACAAGAGCAAUGCGUCUUCAGAAACUCCUAGCGGACAGGGGGCGGGCGACAGCCUUUCUGUCAACCGUUCUGUGAAGGGGCAUAUCAAGUCUGCCAGCAUUUCAACCUCCGGCCGAACCGACCACUCGAACCUUGACCAAACUCUUGAUACCUUAAGGCAAAGCAGUGUGGUCACCAGAGGACCUCCCGUUUCUCCUGCUGUUGGCAACCGAGCUCAGCAACCUUUCCCUAGAAAUGUGCCAAGCCGAUCGACGUUCCACAGUGGUCAGAACCGGCCCAGAAAUCACACGGGGUCUGUGUCGGCAUAUGGUGCUUCCCCUCUCCAGUCGCAGGAUACCUCUGCCAUCCCUCAUGGCCGCACAUCAUCGUUCUUUUCUAAGCUAUCGUCAAGAUUCUCCAAGCGCCCCAUGGAUCCGCCUCCUAAGCAUUUAGUUAGUGGUGCAGUAAAUGAUGAUCAAGCCAAACCACGCUCUCUAAGAUUCACCUGGAGUAUGAAAACUACGUCAUCCAGGGACCCAAAUGAAAUCAUGUCAGAAAUUAGAAAGGUGCUGGACGCCAACAACUGUGACUAUGAGCAGCGGGAAAGAUUCCUUCUUCUGUGUGUUCACGGAGACCCAAACACAGACUCCUUAGUCCAGUGGGAAAUUGAAGUGUGUAAACUUCCUCGACUAUCUCUGAAUGGUGUUCGUUUCAAGCGCAUAUCUGGAACAUCAAUUGGCUUCAAAAAUAUUGCAUCCAAGAUAGCUAAUGAACUGAAACUGUGACUACCUGUAAUGGAGGGGGAGGCAGAUGAAGAGAAGGCAGAAUCACCUUCACCUUCUCCUUGUGUGCCUUCCCCCCUCCCUUCUUCAAAUGCCUGACAAAGGGUUUCGGCUCAUGAGCGGGCUGGUUGGAUUACAAGGCUUCGCCAACUCCUAAAGCUACCCACUCGUGGCCGUUGUCAGGAAUCGCAUGAACAAGCUUCAUGAAGAAGCUUGCAUUACCAGAAAACAUUGGAAUAGUUCGCUCCCAAACACCAAUUGUAAGACUUGUUUCUCUCGCCUGUUCAUAUCUUGUCUCCCCAUGUCAAAUUUAUUGUUCAUUUUACUUGGUUCCCAAAUAUGGUUUUGAUGGACAUAUCUCCCUCCAGAAACUAAUUUUUAACAUCUAAAUUCUCUGAAGCCUUCCCAUGAGGACAUAAAUGUUUCAAGAAGCAUUACUAAGCCAAUCCGCGAGAGUGUUGUGUGCCCAAUAUAAGGUGAAGCCGCUCAAGUUUAUGUCUGUUCCUGUUUUCAAAACCAACAUGUGUAAUACAAGUUCUGUAGCAUUCGUGAUUAAAAAACGAAUGAAACAAAUCUUGUCAAUUUGUACAAAGCAAAAAAAAACUCACUGUAAAUAGCUGUCUUGAGUUUUAAUCAGUGAACAAAUGAUAAAAUAUUGGUUUGGUGGAAGAAGUAUGUACAGUCUUUGCAGUCUUCUUAUCUAUUCAAUAGUCCCCUAGGAAUAAUUGUGAAUCAAUAUGAAGGAAACUGACAGUGUUGACCGGGCAGCAUUCAGUGUGCUGGUGUAGGCUGUUAAUUAGCUGAACUUUAAGUCUUGUACAAAUGUAUAGACAUUGUAUUGUUAUGUCCUGUGUAAAUCCUAUCAAGUUGAGUAUGUGUUUCUUGCAUUGAGAAGAUUGUGGUAGCUUUCAUAUUCCUUUAAUUUCACCAGAUGAUAGAUCAUGAAACUCAUUUAAUUAUGAAUAAUUACGUAGUCAUUCAUAUAUUUUCAUUUAGCAUGGUUCACUUUUGUCAAAAUCAUGGAAUUUUGUGCCUCUAGGCCAAAUCUUAGAGGUGUAUUUACAAUGUUGUUCACUUUUGUCUGUUCGUAGAACUGAAAUGACAAUGUAAGACAAAAACUUGCGUGAAUAUUGAAAUGUUAUUUGCAUGCUGCCAAAUGGUCUGGCUGUCCAUGAAUUUCAUUAUGCUUUUUUCAGGAAACAAAAAUGUAAAGUUUUAGAUUGGUUCCACAAGUGGUUUCCUUACAACCAAUGUGUUCAGUUUAAGUUCCUGUGGGAUUUGGUUAGUGGCCUCAAAUCAGCAUAAUGUUAUUUUGAACGGCCCCCAAGUAUCUCUUAGUAAAGCUCAUGACAUUGUACCCUGCAUAUAUUAACAUUUAACACAUUCAAUUCGAGAACUGUGGUUCUUGUUUUGGAGUGAACAUGUUAAUUUGUGUAUAUUUUAAUUUGGUUGUUUCUGGUACUUAAUCAUGAGGUCAUGAGUAGAGUUAACAGUUUGUCAGUCAGACAGGACAAGAAAAGUUAUGUCAAUUAUGUGUACCUUACUUGGAGUUGAGAAAGAACAUGAAACAUCUCUUCCUUCAUGCUCCUGACAUAAUGUUUUUUCUUACUGUUUGUUCGCAUACUUGACAUAGCUUACUUGUAUUUUAUGCUAAAUCUUUAAUUGGAUACAUUUAAUUGGAACUAUGAGAAGCAUGAAUUUUCUGUGGAAAAAGAAACUUUGUUUACCUCUGUAAACCCUCAUUAAUUUAUAUCCUCAGAGGCACCACUUUUAUUUUACUGUCUAUCAACUGUUUUUUUUUAAUCUUUUUUUUUUUUUGCAUAAAUUGCUUUGAGCUUUAUUUUCACAAAGAGCUGAUUGAUUAUUUAAUGCUUUUACAUUCAGGAGUGCCAAGCAGUUGUUGCAUCAAUUUACAAGUGACUUGCAGGGUCAUGGACUUAAAAGCAAAAUCCCCUGCAUUGAUAUGAAACAAAACAUGUCUGUUUUCUGCUUCCCCCCUCCCCCAUUUUUGUAACAUCCCAGACUGCACUGCUUGCCAUCUUUUAAGUUAAAGGAUGUGUAUUUAUGUUUAAAGUUUGUAAUGAAUUUCAUAUCUUUUGUUGGAUGCUUCAACAUGAGAUGGAAUGCACUACUAUUGUGAAAUAGUAGAGCCAAAGCCUCAUCUCUUUGUAUUAUUUUUCUUUCUUUAAUAUUUAAUUUCUUGUAAAUAUUUUAAAUUUGUGAUCUAUCUUAAGCAAUCAGAUAGAUGGCCUGAGAGAAGUCUGGAUGCUUUUUUGUUGCUGCUCUGUUGUCAUACCCCUCCUAUUCUUGAGUCCAUAUUUGUGAGAAUCUGAGAGUGGGAAUGUAUUAUUAUUUUUUAUUAUUGUGUUAACUCCUUAAACUGUUUGCACGCUGCGAAAAUCCAUUGUGUUCAUUCAUACUUUUGAUUCAUUCUAUUUGGAUAGUGUUUUUAAACCGUGAUUUUAUACUUGUAUAAUAAUUUUAUGGCAUCCACAAUAAUUUGACCUGUACAUGAAUGAAUUCGAAGUUGUGAUAGUGAUCCAAAUGGGUUUUCUAAAUCAAUUUUAUAACUUCUUUUUGUUUGUUUGUUUCUAGUGCCUUUUAUUACUCAUUUUUGGCGCAAUAUGACAGGUGGCUGGCAGGGCACAGUCGUGUGAUAAACUGGAAUGACCCUCUUGUUCUGCCCUGAACUUCCACAGCACAGCUGUGAACUGAAGCACUCCGGUUCAUAGAUCCUGUACUAAAUUUGAUUUGCUUUACAAGCUUAUUUCUUUGACUCCAGUUUUGAGUUAUUUUGUACUAGCUGUGGUUUACAAAUGUUCUAUCAUCUGUCUGUGAUUGUCAAACUGAUUACUCAUCUCUCCAUCUGUGAUACAAAUGUUUAGGUAGUAUGUGUGGAAGAGAGGAAAAGGCCUCAAAACACUACAUUUUUAAAGAGCCCAUGCUAUGCCGUUACAGCUCAUUUUAAGCGCAGUAUUACCUUGGUAAAUCUUGUUUACAGUAUCGUUUCCAUGUUAUGUUUUAAUGUAGAACUCUACCUAUUUCUUUCGGCAACUGCCAAAUCUGGGUACAGGCCAACAAAAUGUAAUUGUGGAACACUUAUACUGAAACAUUGGAGAAAGGACAAGGGACCAUAAGCAUACUGAAGAGAUGUCUGGUACUGAAGAGAGAUGUGCAAAAAGUGUUUAUACUAAACUUGUCCUAACAAGCAAAUAAAAGAAUGAAGAUAUAAAAUUAAGUUUA